AUGGCUCUGAUCGUGCGUGUGCAGCGACUGACGGGGCUGCCAGGCAGCCAUGACCGACAAGUGAGGCUCAGCUUCCGGGGCUUCACCCAGAAAACAAGGAAAAUUCACUGUGGUCAAGAAGCAGAUAUUGGUGAGCUGUUCCACUGGCCACACUACGGGGCUCCGCUGGCUGCGGAAUGUCUGUCUGUGCAGGUGGUUAACUGCAGCCGUGUGUUCAGCCCCAGGUCUCUGGGGACCCUGGUGAUCUCCCUGCAGCAGCUACAGCGUACUGGGCAUUUGGUGCUACGGGAGGCCCUAGUGGAUGAGAAUCUGCGGGUAUCCCCGAUCCAGGUGGAACUUGACCUGAAGUAUCAGCCCCCAGAGGGUGCAGCUGGAGCCUGGGCAGAGGAGGACUUUGGAGCAUCCAUCCGGGACAGCUCAGAGCUGAUCAUCCCCAACGUGGGCUUCCAGGAGCUGGAGCCUGGGGAGGCCCGGCUGGAGCGGCAGGCAGUGGCAUUGGGCCACAGGCUAGUUCGAGGCCUAGCUCAGCAGGACAAUGAAGAUGGUGAGCUGGAGCUGGAGCUGGAUCUGGAGGAUGAGCCUGAUGUGGAGCUUUCUGGAGUUGUGUUCAGCCACCUCAGAAGUCGCACCCGGGGCCUGGCUCGAGGGGAUCCUUUCCAGAUGUCCAGAGCUCAGGACUUCCAGGUAGGGGUUACAGUGCUGGAGGCCCAGAAGCUGGUUGGAGUCAACAUCAACCCCUAUGUGGCAGUGCGUGUGGGGGAGCAGCGCCGAGUGACCGCCACGCAACGCGGGACUAAUUGCCCCUUCUACAACGAGUACUUCUUGUUCGAAUUUCAUGAGACCCGGCUUCACCUCCAAGACUUGCUGCUGGAGAUCACGGCUUUCCAUUCGCAGGCCCUCCCCUUUAUGGCCUCCCAGAUAGGCACCUUCAGGAUGGACCUGGGCAUUAUCUUCGACCAGCCAGUCCGACACGAAUGCGGGCCGUAUUUCUGCUUGCCCCUGCGUCACCAAAAGCCAUGUGUGCACGUGUGGAGCCGCUGGGAAGAUCACACGUGGCGCCUGCAGAGCACUAACUGUGUGCGGAAAGUGGCCGAGAGGCUGGACCAGGGGCUGCAGGAGGUUGAGACUCUGCAGCGCAGGCUGGGGCCUGUUGCCUGCACACGGCUCAAGCAGGCGCUGGAAGAGUUGGUGGCAGGGAGCAGACAGUUUUGCCAUGGCGCUGAGCGCAGGACAAUGACCCGGCCCAAUGCCCUGGAUCGAUGCCGAAGGAAACUGCUCGUGCACAGCCUGAACCUGUUGGCAAAGCAAGGACUGCGGCUUCUACGGGGUCUGAGACAGGGCAACGUGCAAGAGAAGGUGGCCUUGUCCAAGAAGCUCUUGGCCAAACUGCGCUUCCUGGCCCAGGAGCCCCAGCCACCCCUCCCAGAUGUGCUAGUCUGGAUGCUCAGUGGGCGGCGCCGAGUGGCCUGGGCCCGGAUCCCUGCCCAGGAUGUGCUGUUCUCUGUGGUCGAGGAGGAGCGAGGCCGGGACUGCGGGAAGAUCCAGAGUCUGCUGCUCUCGGCACCUGGGGCAGCUCCAGGCGAAGUCUGUGCCAAGCUGGAGCUCUUCCUGUGGCUAGGGCUGGGCAAACAAGCCAAGGCCUGCACCUCAGAGCUCCCCCAGGACCUGCUGCCCGAGCCCUCUGCGGGGCUGCCCCACCACCUGUGCCGGGAUGACUUCAGCUACUUCCAGCUCCGGGCCCACUUGUACCAGGCGCGAGGGGUGUUGGCAGCAGAUGACAGUGGGCUUUCGGACCCAUUUGCUCGAGUCCUCAUCUCUACCCAGUGCCAGACCACACGGGUCCUGGAGCAGACGCUGAGUCCCCUGUGGGAUGAGCUCUUGGUGUUUGAUCAGCUGAUUGUAGACGGGAGGAGGGAGCAUCUGCAGGAGGAGCCUCCAUUAGUGGUCGUCAAUGUCUUUGACCACAAUAAGUUUGGCCCCCCUGUGUUCCUGGGAAGGACACUGGCCACCCCGAGGGUGAAGCUGACAGAGGACCCUUACCAACGCCCUGAGCUACAGUUCUUCCCCCUAAGAAAGGGGCCCCGGGCAGCUGGAGAGCUCAUUGCCACCUUUGAACUCAUUGAACUGGACUACAGUGGCCGGUUUGAGCCCUCAGUGCCCAGUGACGUAGAGCCCCAGGAUCUGACACCACUGGCCGAGCCCCUCUCCGGGCGCCUGUCCCUGCCACCUAACGUGCGUCCAGUACUCAGGGAGUUCCGUGUUGAGGUGCUGUUCUGGGGUCUGAGGGGUCUCGGCCGUGUGCAUCUGUUUGAAGUGGAGCAGCCCCAGGUUGUGCUGGAGGUGGCUGGGCGACGUGUGGAGUCAGAGGUCCUGGCCAGUUACCGUGAGAACCCCAAUUUCACUGAGCUUGUCAGGCAUCUGACAGUGGACCUGCCUGAGCAGCCUUACCUACAGCCCCCACUCAGCAUCCUGGUGAUCGAGCGCCGGGCCUUUGGCCGCACCGUGCUUGUGGGUUCCCAUGUUGUCUCCCACAUGCUGCGAUUCAUACUCCGGGCUCAUGAGGAUCCCCCCAAGGAGGAAGGAGAAGAGGAAGAGACAGUGGACCUAGUGCCUAAGGGACCAAAAGGACAGAGGUCUCUGGAUCCCUCCUUGGCUGAAGUGGGGAUGCCCAGACGGCUUCUCAAGGCUCCUCUGAAGAAGUUCCCUUUGAGAAGCCUCCUGAACCAAGGCCCCGAGCUGGAGGAAGACAUCCCAGAUCCUGAAGAGCUUGACUGGUGGUCCAAGUACUAUGCCUCUCUGCAGGAGCUCCAGGGGCAGGUGGGUGCAGAGGAUGAGAUGGAUGAUCCUGGGGAGUCAGAUGGGGUCAACCUCAUUUCUGUGGAUGGGGAGGUCCAAGACCAGGGUCAGGGUGAGGCUGAAGUUAAAGGCUCUGUGUCCCAGAAGAAAGCAAUAGCCACCCUGAAGAUCUACAACAGCACCCUGGAAGAAGAGUUUAACAACUUUGAAGACUGGCUGAAUGUAUUUCCCCUGUACCGAGGGCAAGGGGGCCAGGAUGGAGAUGCAGAGGAAGAACGGUCUGGACACCUUGUGGGCAAGUUCAAGGGCUCGUUCCUUAUUUACCCUGAAUCAGAGGCAGUGUCGUUCUCUGAGCCCCAGAUCUCCCGAGGGGUCCCACAGAACCGGCCCAUUAAGCUCCUGGUCAGAGUAUAUGUGGUAAAGGCUACCAACCUGGCUCCUGCGGACCCCAAUGGCAAGGCAGACCCUUACGUGGUGGUGAGUGCUGGCCGGGAGCGGCAGGACACCAAGGAGCGCUACAUCCCCAAGCAGCUGAACCCCAUCUUUGGAGAGGUGCUGGAGCUCAGCAUCUCUCUUCCUGCCGAGCCAGAGCUGACUGUGGCCGUGUUUGAUCACGACCUUGUGGGUUCUGACGACCUCAUCGGGGAGACCCACAUUGAUCUGGAAAACCGAUUCUAUAGCCAUCACAGGGCGAACUGUGGGCUGGCCUCCCAAUAUGACACGGAUGGGUACAAUGCCUGGCGUGAUGCGCUCCAGCCUUCCCAGAUCCUGGCGGGGCUGUGCCAACGCUGUGGCCUCCCUGGCCCUGAAUACCGAGCCGGGGCUGUCAAGGUGGGCAGCAAAGUCUUUCUGACAUCGCCUGAGACCCUGCCCCCAGGUAGGGGGGGCCCCAAAGUGGCAAGCGAGGUCCCCGAGGAGGUACAGGCAUUGCUGGUGCUGCGGCGCUGGCAAGAGAUGCCGGAGCUUGGGAUCCAGCUGGUGCCCGAGCACGUAGAAACUCGGCCCCUCUACCAUCCCCGCAGCCCAGGGCUGCUGCAGGGAUCCCUUCACAUGUGGAUUGACAUCUUCCCCCGUGAUGUGCCUGCCCCACCCCCAGUUGACAUCAAGCCUCGGCAGCCCAUCAGCUAUGAGCUCAGAGUCAUCAUCUGGAACACAGAGGAUGUGGUUCUGGAUGAUGUGAACCCACUCACUGGAGAGAUGUCAAGUGACAUCUAUGUGAAAAGCUGGGUGAAGGGACUGGAGCAUGACAAGCAGGAGACAGACGUUCACUUCAACUCUCUGACUGGGGAGGGGAAUUUUAACUGGCGCUUCGUGUUCCGCUUCGACUACCUGCCCACGGAACGGGAGGUGAGCGUCCGGCGCCGGCCUGGACCCUUCGCCCUGGAGGAGGCCGAGUUCCGGCAGCCAGCCGUGCUGGUCCUGCAGGUCUGGGACUAUGACCGCAUCUCUGCCAACGACUUCCUUGGAUCCUUGGAGCUGCAGCUGCCAGAUAUGGUGCGGGGGGCCCGGGGCCCCGAGCUCUGCUCCGUGCGCCUGGCCCGUGAUGGGGCAGGGCCGAGGUGCAACCUGUUUCGCUGCCGCCGCCUGCGGGGCUGGUGGCCCGUAGUGAAGCUGCGGGAGCCAGAGGAUGAGGAUCGGGAGCAGAGGGAGGUGCGAGCUGGCAAGAGGCAGAAGAAGAAGAGGAAGGGCCGGCCGGAAGACCUAGCGUUCACAGACCCUGGAGGCAGCGUCCACAUCCUCACGGGGAAGGUGGAGGCAGAGUUUGAGCUGCUGACCGUGGAGGAGGCAGAGAAGCGGCCAGUGGGGAAGGGGCGGAAGGAGCCUGAGCCCUUGGAGAAGCCCAACCGCCCUAAAACCUCCUUCAACUGGUUUGUGAACCCGCUGAAGACCUUUGUCUUCUUCAUCUGGCGCCGGUACUGGCGCAUCCUGGUGCUGCUGCUGCUGCUGGCAUUGGUCACCAUCUUCCUUCUCCUGGUCUUCUACACCAUGCCCGGCCAGAUCAGCCAGGUCAUCUUCCGCCCCCUCCACCAGCCCCCUGACCCUAAUUGA